GGCCACGUGACCAGCAAGGACACGGGGCUGAAAGCCGGGGGCCGGGCCGGGGCUCCGCGGCUGCCGGUGACACCCGGGAGGCGACGGGCCGCCUGGGCCCCUGGAGAGCCCGCCAUGGUGCGCGCGGGCGCCGUGGGGACGCACCUGCCGGCGUCCGGCUUGGACAUCUUCGGGGACCUGAGGAAGAUGAACAAGCGGCAGCUCUAUUACCAGGUUUUAAACUUUGCCAUGAUCGUGUCUUCUGCGCUUAUGAUCUGGAAAGGCUUGAUCGUCCUCACCGGCAGCGAGAGCCCAAUCGUGGUGGUGCUCAGUGGCAGUAUGGAGCCUGCCUUUCACAGGGGCGACCUUUUGUUCCUGACAAACUUCCGGGAAGACCCUAUUAGAGCUGGCGAAAUUGUGGUCUUUAAAGUCGAAGGACGAGACAUUCCAAUAGUUCACAGAGUGAUCAAAGUUCAUGAAAAAGAUAAUGGAGACAUCAAAUUUCUGACUAAAGGAGACAAUAAUGAAGUUGACGACAGAGGCUUGUACAAAGAAGGCCAGAACUGGCUUGAGAAGAAGGAUGUGGUGGGAAGAGCCAGAGGGUUUUUACCAUAUGUUGGUAUGGUUACCAUAAUAAUGAACGACUAUCCAAAAUUCAAGUAUGCUCUUUUGGCUGUAAUGGGUGCAUAUGUGUUACUAAAACGUGAAUCCUAAAAAAAGAAGAAGUUCCUGGGACCAGAUUGAAAUGAAUUCUGUUGAAAAAGAAGAAACCUAAUAUAUUUGAAAUGUUCCACUUUCUGUAUAAAAGGAGACAAUGUGGAGACAUUUUUGUCUUGUCCAAAUAAAUGAUUCAUCAGGAAA